AUGACGAUGUUCACAGUUGCUACUGGCAGGAAGUCACUAAAUUGGACCGCUAUUAAGUUGGUGGACACGGUCUUCUACUCGGGAUUCAGGUGUUCAUCAUGCUUCCUAGAAAGUAUAGUUCUGGAUAUGAAAAAAGAAAAAAGAAACAAAAAUUAUAAAAUUUGGAAAAAUCUCAAGCAGGAGCGCUGGAUAAGUUUUUUUAGUAGUAGACAUACAGAGCAUGGUAACGAAGAACAUAAUAAUGAAGAAAAUCAAAAUGAAGAACAUAAAAAUGAUAUGAAUAUUGAAGAACCUACUGAACACAAUAUGAAUAUUGAAGAACCUACAGAAGAUGAUAGAAACAUUGAAGAACCUACUCAACUUAGGAUUGAGAAUAUCAAUGAAAACAUGAAUGUUGACGAUCCAGCAAACUGGAGCAAUAUUGAUCAAAAACUGAGAGAUCUUUUAGUGGAAAGAGGACCCAAAAGAGUUGUUAUUGCUUUUCCUAAAGAUAUUGAAGGCAGACAUUUCUCUUCUACUCAUUACACUCGACAAUGGUUAAAUGGAGAUAAACAUGAUAGGAGAUGGCUAAUAUAUUCAACUUCUUUGAAUGUGGUAUUUUGCUUUUGUUGCAAAUUAUUUAGAAAAGAUGGAAACAAGAAUCAAAUGGGUUCUUUGGUUAAUGAAGGAUUUAAAACUUGGAAGAAUCUUAGUCAUAGACUUCAAAGUCAUGAAGGGAGUAGUGAGCACAUAAGUUGCAUGAGAAGUUGGAUAGAAUUGGAAAUAAGAUUGCGUAGUAUUGAAACAAUUGAUAAAAGUGUGCAAGAAAUAUUAAACAAGGAGAGAGAACAUUGGAGACAAGUAUUAUUAAGAAUAGUUGUUGUUGUUGUAAAAACACUUGCUAAAAAUAGUUUAGCAUUUCACGGGGAUAAUGAGAAAAUUUAUCAAGAGAACAAUGGAAAUUUUUUAAGUUUAAUUGAAUUGAUUGCUGAAUUUGAUCCGGUAAUGAAAGAGCAUAUUCGACGUUAUCAAAAAGGUGAAUCUCAUAAGCAUUAUCUCAGUCAUAAAAUUCAAAAUGAACUGAUAGGAUUGUUAGCGGGAGAGAUCAAACAUACAAUGAUCAAAAUAAUCAAAGAUGCAAAAUAUUUUUCUGUUAUACUAGAUUGUACUCCAGAUAUAAGCCAUGAAGAACAAAUGACUCUUAUAAUAAGAUGUGUGGAUGUUUCAGAAAGUCCAGUAAAGGUAGAAGAGUUCUUUCUAGAAUUUCUUAAGGUCGACGACACGUCAGGACUGGGACUUUUCAGCAAACUUGAAGAUGUAUUGAAGAUUCUAGAACUUGACAUUUCUGAUGUAAGAGGACAAGGUGAAGCUGAGUCCUUAGCAAUAAAUGAAAUGGAGAAUUUUGAGUUCUUAUUGGGUAUGAUUAUUUGGCACAAUUUAUUAUUUGCUGUUAAUUCUGUUAGCAAUUUUUUGCAAAAGGAAGACAUGCAAAUUGAUAUUGCUAUAGAUCAAUUGAAUGGACUUAUAUUAUUUUCUGAAAAGUACAGAGAAAAUGGAUUUAAGGAGGCCAUUACUGAAGCUAAAAAUGUUGCAUCUGAAAUGGAAAUUGAAGCUGAAAGAUUGAAUGGCUUAGCUAUAUUGUCAAUUGAGAAAAAUAAAGUGGAGAAGCUUGAUUAUACAAGUUUAAUUAAUGAUUUUGCAUCUAAAAAUGCAAGAAGAGGCUUCAUAAAGUGA